AUGGGAAUUCCAGUUUAUUUUGCAUCGGUUUUGAAAGAACACCCGGACUGCGUUUGUGAUGCCAACACGGGGCUGCUUUCAACAUGCGCCAACUUGUACGUAGAUGUAGGCUCCGCCAUCUUUGUGAUUUUGGAGAGGGAGGACUGCCCCGCCACCUUCGCCGGCUUCUAUCGAGAGUUCGUGGAUUCCAUGCACACCAUCUUGAGUAUCGCGUCGCCCAGCAAGCUUGUGUUCUUGGCUCUCGAUGGAAGGCCUCCAGCUGCAAAGACUUUCCACAAGAUCUUUAAGAAGUCCAACGGGCAAGGUACUGUUUCGAAGGAGGAGGAGCUGGAUCCGUCAUCCGUGGAUGAUCGGUUUCUUCCAAAGAAGGAAAAGGAAAAGUUCGCGAUGGUUUGCCAUGGAACGCCAUUCAUGGACGGUGUGGUGAGGGAACUGCGAGGUCUUGUAGCUAGAAUGAGCAGUGCCCAUCCAAGGAUGAAGUGGAUUCUCUCGACAACGGAGGAGGAUGGAGAGGGAGAGCACAAGAUCUUCAAGCACAUCAAGACUGUGCCUUUCAAUGCCCACGACACUUUCUGCGUGGUUGGACGUGAUGCGGAUUUAAUCAUGCAUUCCCUGGCCAGCCCGGUCUCGAAGAAGAUCAACAUUCUCAGGCAAACGCCCAGCAAGGAAGGAGGCAUGGAUUACAAGAUUUUAAGGAUUGACAAGCUGAUUCGGGACUUGGAGGUUGAAAUGAAGGAGCCCUCCAAAGUGAGAUCGAGAUCCGCAAUGAGGGACUUCGUGUUCAUGUGCUUCUUCCUCGGGAAUGACUUUCUCCCGAACGUGGGUUUUUCCAGCGUGAAAGAUGGUGUCAACAUACUGCAAGCGACGUACAAGGAGGUUUUCUCGGAGAUUGGAGAGUUCCUCAUUGAUGUGGAAGGGCAAAUCAACAUGACAGUUUUGGAGAGCUUCGUCCGGAAACUCUCCAGGAGAACGACGACGAGGCCAGCACAGGACGAUUGCUCCUCUCAUGAAAAAAACGAGUCCUUCCUCGCGCUUCUCAAUUGGUGCUGCAAUUAUUACUUCAAUAGUUCGGCAUUGCCUGAGUCUUACUAUCGAUGGGAGACAGCUCCUCCUCUGGAAGAAUUCGCUGCCUUCAUCGCAAACCAUCAGCGAGGUCCUCAAAUCAGCCCAGCAGCACAUGUUACAUUAGACUUAAGGCCGCAAUGGCUGAAAUCAUAUACUUUUGUCACAUCACGCCAAACGUAG